AUGGCAAACCAGAUUGUACUUUUGGCUUUUGUAGCCAUGACAUGUUCUCUGGUCCUUGCUUUCGAGCCUAAACCACUACAAGAUUUCUGCAUUGCUGACACUACUAGCUCAGUAAUAAGAGUGAAUGGCUUGCCUUGCUUGGACUCCAAGCUAGUACAAGCUGACCAUUUCUCCUUUGGAGGACUUCACAUCCCUGGAAACACCUCAAACCCUCUUGGCGUUAAUGUUACCCCAGUCAACGUGGCUCAAAUUCCAGGACUCAACACCCUCGGCAUCUCACUGGCUCGAAUUGACUAUGCACCAGGUGGUGUUACCCCACCUCACACUCAUCCUCGUGCGACUGAGAUUCUGACAGUUGUUAAAGGCAAGCUCUAUGUUGGCUUUGUGACUUCCAACCCAGAGAAUAAGCUCAUCUCAAAGGUCCUCAAGAAAGGUGACGUGUUUGUAUUCCCUGUUGGACUAGUCCACUUCCAGCAAAAUCUGGGAUCUGGAACAGCCAUUUCGCAGUCUUCUUUGAGCAGCCAAAACCCUGGAGUCAUCACUGUUGCAAACUCAGUUUUUGGACCCAAUCCCUCAAUUUCAGAUGAUGUUCUGGCCAAGGCUUUCCAAGUUGACAAAUCCAUUAUCAGCAGUCUGCAGGCACAAUUUUAGAUAAUUUCUGUGGAAGAGUUUCUGAUUCAUGUCGCCCUCUCCGUAAUUAGUCUGAAGAAGAGUUUCUGAUUCAUGAUCAGGGCUAUUCAUUUGCAUCAUGUGUGUUAGACUUGUAGAAUUGUGUGCUAAGAUCAAUUGUGAUAUGCAUAUUGUGAAUUACAUUUAUUGAAGU